UUGAAGUGUUUACAAUUCGCCAAACACACCCACAACACAGUCAGCUUACACAAUACCUACUCAAUGGCCGCGCGUCUCUCUCUCACCUCAUCUCCGUCGUCAAUAACGGCAGCUCACGGCGGCACCUGUCACCUGGUCUCCCCUAUCACCACAGCCAGAGUUUCUAUUCCUUCUCCUCUCAUCUCUCAUCCCGUCCUGAACCGCAACUACAGCAGCACGGUGAGCUCACCCAAAUACUUUGCUUUGCAUAUCGAUCAACUGAAGAGUGCGAGAGAGGAUAUCAACGAGCUACUCAAAUCUCAUCCUAUUUUGUUUGGCCGUGGAAGAGGUAGGCGGAGCAAGUCCAUAACCUUCCUAUGCACUGACCAGAGACAGGCUCAAAAUCAGCCAACUGGUAAAUGGCGGGUGCAUCGUCAAAAUGUAGAUCUUCCCCCAAUCCAGCCCAAGAAAAAGAAGAAACCUUAUCCAAUCCCUCUGAAACAGAUCACACAGGCUGCAAGGGCUGAUAAAAAGCUUGCACAGAUGGGAGUGGAGAAGCCGCUUUUACCACCUAAAAAUGGACUACUCGUCCCUAAAUUAGUUCCAGUUGCUCAUGAUGUAUUAGAUGCUUGGAAAAUUGUAAUACAAGGGGUUUCACAGCUACUGCAUGUUAUUCCUGUCCAUGCUUGCAGCGAGUGCUCUGAAGUUUACGUGGGCCAAGCUGCUCACUACAUCCAGGAUUGUCAGGGCGCAACUAGCGCAAAGCGCCGAAACUUCCACUCAUGGGUGAAGGGUUCCAUCAAUGAUGUGCUUAUUCCUAUAGAUUCAUACCAUCUUUUUGAUCCAUUUGGCCCGCGAGUUAUUCAUGAAACUCGGUUUGCCUAUGACAGAAUUCCAGCUCUUGUGGAGCUAUGCAUCCAAGCUGGUGUUGAUAUACCAGGAUAUCCUUCAAGGAGGAGGACUGUACCUAUUAGAAUGCUUGGGAAAAAAGUGAUUGAGCGAGGGGGAUCUGUCGAGCCCCCUGAACAGCAGUGCUCACCGGAUGCAGCAUCAAUGCUGGAAUUUGACACAUAUCGUACUCAUGAGCGGUUCUCCUCUCCGUUAGAGUUGGAAGUGCCUGGGAUAGCACAAAAAACUAUUGAAGCAUAUGAGAGGGUGAAAAUAGGAUUGAAGAAGCUAAUGAAAAAAUACACGGUGAAGGCUUGUGGAUAUUGUUCAGAAGUUCAUGUCGGGCCGUGGGGUCAUAAUGCCAAGCUUUGUGGGGAAUUUAAGCAUCAGUGGAGGGAUGGAAAGCAUGGUUGGCAGGAUGCAAUUGUUGAUGAAGUGCUCCCACCAAAUUAUGUAUGGCACGUCGAAGAUCCUAAGGGACCUCCAUUGAGGACUGCCCUUAAAAGAUUUUAUGGCAAGGCUCCUGCGGUUGUUGAGCUAUGCUUGCAGGCAGGUGCUCAAAUUCCGGCCAAGUACAAACCAAUGAUGAGGGUUGACAUUGUUGUCCCAGAUAAAGAGGAGACCCACCUAGCUGCCUGAUAGACCUAUAAAGAUUGAUAAGUUUCAUUCAGAAAAGCAUUCCAAAGAUAGAUUUUUACCUGUAAGUCUAUGUAAAAUUUUAAUUGCGAGUAAACUAAUUAAUAGCAUGUAAGUAAGCGUUAUAAUACAUAUAGAUUACUUAUGGAAUCAAAACCUUUUUGAGAUCGACUUUUGUGGUA